UGGAUUAUUAUAGAAAAKCUAAYUAUUGGAGUAAAUAUGGUAUAAAAGGACCCAGACCAUUGCCAUUAUUGGGAAAUAUUAUUUCUAUACUAAAGGGUACAGUUGAUAAUAAAUGGCAAAAACUAUAUGGCAAUACAUUUGGUGUGUUUGAGUUUGAUAGGCCGGUGCUAACAGUAUGCGAUCCACAGGCGAUUGAAAAURUUUUAAUCAAAGAGUGUCACAGUUUUGUUCGGUUAAACAUGAAUUUACCGGAAAACUUCUCCAAACAGGUACUGUUCCAGACAUCGGACAGCCGGUGGAGACAACUGCGCAAAAUUAAGGCACAAGUAUUUACAACCAAACGCUUGAAGUUUUACUAUAAUAUUGUCGACAGAUGUGCUCAAAGAUUUGCCGAUCACAUCGAGGAUAUGGCAAAUGGCAAACAGUAUAUACAUUUGAAAGAUCUAUACUCCAAAUUUACCAUGGACGUUUCACUUAAAUGUUCAUUUUCGGUCCAAACUUCCAUCUACGACAAUGACCAGCAAACUGUCCAAUUGUGGUCAUCGGCUCAUCGAUUGAUCCACAAAUUAAAGUGCAACGAACUAAUAGCCAGAGCACCGUCUUAUAUGCAAUCGAUGGCCAAACUGUUUGGUUUUGGUUAUGACAAACAAUUUGUUGAUUUGGAAAACCGAUUGAUUGACUAUAUUGUCGCCCGAUUACAACAAUCGUCAUCCAGUAAUCAUAAUAAUGAUUGCGAUAAUGAUUUUGUUGGCGUCUAUUUAGAAAGUGGUGUCCUUGAUAAGAAAGAUAACAAAGCGAUUUGUUAUUAUCUUUUGGAUUUGUUUUUCCAUUGUUUGGAACCGUUAGCGAAUCGCUUUCCGUAUUACACAUGCAUUUGGCCAAACAUCCCGGUGUUCAGCAAAAAUUGUACGAAGAAAUAGUGUCAGCACUUAAGGAAACACCAGAUGGUCAGCUAUCAUACGAAACGUUAACACAUUUGCCAUAUAUGGAGGCCGUCAUCAAAGAGUCGAUGCGAUUGAAUCCGACUGCUGUCCGAUUGAGACGAAUCUAUAUGAAUGAUACGGGAAACUCGCGGCAUAUUAUACCCGGAAUACAAUUGAAAAUCGGUGACCGAAUUGAUGUCAGCUGUUCGGCAGUUCAUAUGUCUGCCGAUAACUAUGACGACCCGUUCGUAUUCAAUGCCGACCGGUUUGUAUCGGAAAACCAAUCGGCAAACUUUGAUGUCACAAAAUUUCUCAAUUUUAGUAUUGGUCCGCAAUCUUGUUUAGCCAAUCGUUUUACUUCAAUAUUGAUUAAGACAUUAUUGGUUCAUAUGAUUACCAGAUAUCGGUUUGUUGUYACAAAUGUCGACGACUUAAACAAACCUAAAAUCUGUGAAUCACUUGAUUUGCCGUUUAAUAUCCAGCAAUGGAG